CAUAUAACGAAAACACACCGGAAACCGGAGAACCUUAACGGGAGAAGAAUCGAGUUCCUCCGAACUACCGGUCAAGCAAACGAUCUUGUUUACCCAACAACCAAUUGCGGAUCUCCUCCCCCUUUAAUAGUAGAGCGAGCGAGAGAUAGCGGCGGGUAGAAGACGACGACGUCAUACUUUCCCCGGUCUCGCCCACUCGAUCCCAUCGAAACCCUAAUUCCGAACGAGAAACGUCGACAAAUCCCUCCUCCUGCGAUUGGCCCCCUUUCUCCCCGGCCCAUGGAUUCCGACGAUUCCGUCACCGAUCCGAAUCCCCACCACCCCGACCCUUCCCUCGACGCUGAGCCCGCCACGGUGGAACAGAUGGGUUCUCUCACCUUGGGAGAAGCCGGCGACGCCGCGGGCGCAGAGCGGCCGGUCGGCAACGGUUUUCUGCCCGCGGAUUUCUACGCGGCCGCGGGUGAGAUCGAGGUCGUGGAGGAGGGGUCGCCGGUCUCUGGGGAUCUGGCCGGGCCUUCGUCUCUUGGUGGCUCUGGUGCCUGUCGGGAGCGCUCGGGCCGCGGGGACGCGCUGCCUAGCCCCAGCAGCAGCGGUUACGCUGGAGAGAGGGGGAGCAGUGGAGGGUCGAGCGAGAUCGAGGAGGCCGAUGACCGAGAGACGAUGCUGGAUGAUUGGAGCCGCGGGAAGCGGCAUCCUGACGAGGAUGAUGGUUCAGUUUCAUGGAGAAAGCGAAAGAAGCACUUCUUUAUUCUGAGUAACUCUGGGAAGCCAAUAUAUUCUAGGUAUGGGGAUGAGCAUAAAUUAGCAGGAUUUUCAGCAACUUUGCAGGCUAUUAUUUCUUUUGUAGAAAACAGUGGAGACCGUCUGAAGUUUAUAAGAGCUGGGAAACAUCAGGUGGUUUUUCUUGUAAAAGUUCCAAUAUAUUUAGUGUGCAUAAGCUGUACAGAAGAGCCAUAUGAAGCUUUGAAAAGACAGUUGGAGCUUAUUUAUGGUCAGAUGCUGCUUAUCUUGACAAAAUCGGUAAAUAGAUGUUUCGAGAAGAAUCCAAAAUACGACAUGACCCCAUUGUUGAGAGGAACUGAUGCGGUCUUCUCUUCUCUGAUUCAUGCAUUCAGCUGGAAUCCUGCUACAUUUCUUAAUGCAUAUACUUGCCUUCCUCUGUCUUAUUCAACAAGACAAGCUGCCAGUGCUAUAUUGCAAGAUGUUGCUGAUUCAGGAGUUUUAUUUGCAUUAUUGAUGUGUAAGAACAAGGUUGUCAGUCUUGUUGGAACUCAAAAGGCAUCUCUGCACCCUGAUGACAUGCUGUUACUUUCCAAUUUUAUAAUGUCUUCAGAAUCAUUCAGGACUUCCGAGUCUUUCUCACCAAUUUGCUUGCCAAGAUACAAUCCAAUGGUGUUCCUUUAUGCUUAUGUCCAUUUUCUUGAUGUGGAUACAUAUUUGACAUUGCUUACUACCAGUUCAGAUUCUUUCUAUCAUCUCAAGGAUUGCAGGAUUCGCGUUGAGACUGUGCUUGUGAAGUCCAAUGUUCUCUCUGAAGUUCAAAGAUCAAUGCUAGAUGGUGGUCUACGUGUUGAGGAUCUCCCACUUGAUUCUUCUCUUCGGUCUAGGUCUCUGACAACACCUGAACUUUCCUCUUCUCAAACUGGCAUCGGUGGCCCCUCUGGACUAUGGCAUUUCAUGUAUAGGAGCAUCUACCUUGAUCAAUAUGUAUCAUCGGAGUUCUCCUCACCCAUAAGCAGUUCAAGUCAACAGAAAAGGUUAUUUAGGGCUUACCAAAAGUUGUAUGCUUCAAUGCAUGAUAAUGGAACUGGUACACAUAAAACACAGUUCAGAAGAGAUGAAGAUUUCGUUCUCCUGUGCUGGAUCACACAAGAUUUUGAACUUUAUGCAGCAUUUGAUCCACUUGCAGACAAGGCCUCCGCAAUAAAGACGUGCAACAGAGUUUGUCAAUGGGUAAGAGAUGUAGAAAAUGAGAUAUUUUUGUUUGGUGCAAGCCCCUUUUCGUGGUGAUUUUUCACCAACACAACUUUCUUGCUAUUUAUAUAUGACCUUGGAGUACACAUCUUUUACUGUGAACGAGAUUGGAGCAGCCCCUCUAUACAAUGUAGCUAUCAGUUAUAUGUAAUAAUUUUGUUUUUGUUGCUAAUCAAAGGUUUUUAUGUUGCAUUA